ACAGCGUAACUGAAGUCAAGACAGACAUUUACGUGACAAGUUUCGGCCCUGUCUCGGACACAGAUAUGGAAUACACUAUUGAUGUCUUUUUCCGGCAAUCCUGGAGAGAUGAAAGGCUGAAGUUUGAUGGUCCCAUGAAAAUACUUCCCCUGAACAACCUGCUGGCCAGUAAGAUCUGGACUCCUGAUACCUUCUUCCACAACGGGAAGAAAUCUGUCGCCCAUAACAUGACAACACCCAAUAAGCUGCUGCGCCUGGUGGACAAUGGCACUCUCCUGUACACCAUGAGGCUAACGAUUCAUGCAGAGUGCCCCAUGCACCUGGAGGACUUCCCAAUGGAUGUGCACGCUUGCCCACUGAAAUUUGGGAGCUAUGCCUACACAAAGACAGAGGUGAUCUACACCUGGACUCUGGGGAAGGAUAAAUCAGUGGAAGUAGCGAAGGGUGGAUCUCGCCUGAACCAGUAUGACCUGCUGGGCCAUGUUGUUGGGACAGAGAUGGUUCGAUCCAGCACAGGGGAGUAUGUCGUCAUGACCACACACUUCCACCUCAAGAGGAAGAUCGGGUACUUUGUGAUCCAGACCUACCUACCCUGCAUUAUGACAGUCAUCCUGUCCCAGGUCUCCUUCUGGCUUAACAGGGAGUCCGUUCCUGCCCGAACAGUUUUUGGUGUCACCACCGUCCUCACCAUGACCACACUAAGCAUCAGCGCAAGAAACUCGUUACCUAAAGUGGCGUACGCGACGGCCAUGGACUGGUUCAUAGCCGUCUGUUACGCCUUUGUGUUUUCUGCGCUGAUCGAAUUUGCCACCGUCAACUACUUCACCAAGCGCAGCUGGGCUUGGGAUGGCAAGAAGGUGCUGGAGGCCCAAGAGAUGAAGAAAAAAGAGCCAGUGGCACUAGCGAAGAAAACCAACAACACCUACAACAUUGUUGGCACCACAUAUGCCCUCAACAUUGCCAAGGACCCCGGCCUGCCCACCAUCUCCAAGAGUGCUGCUGCCACUGCUACUGCCACCAACGUACCCCCCAAGAUGCCCCGCAUAGAGGAGAAGCUCCCAGAGAGUAAGAAGACAUACAACAGCGUCAGCAAGGUAGACAAGAUGUCCCGCAUCGUCUUUCCAGUCCUCUUUGCCAUUUUCAACUUAGUCUACUGGGCCACAUACGUAAACCGGGAGUCAGCUAUCAAGGGAAUGAUCCCCAAACAAUAAAACCGGUCACACAAACCUUCCAUCAGUGAGCACCAUCCAGGCAGGAAUUCUCCAGGGCUUUCUUCCUUCCUGUUUUGUUUAAUUAUUACUGUUCAUUUGAUAUUAUUAUUAGAUUGUUCUUUUAUAAUGUAAACAAAACUGUGAUUUUAAUUUAAUCCCGUAUAGUUUCAUUUUACUUUGUCUCUGAUGAUGAAAGGAAAAAAAAAGGAUCAUAA